AGUCCGUAUUACGCACUAGAUGCUGGACAUCAACGUAGCGCGUAUGCAUCUACAUCAAUAUAUUUUUAUAUAGACAAACGCAUUCGCAGAAGUAACUGAUUGCAUCAGUGAACAGCCUUCUUUUUUUCUUUCGUGCCCUUUUGAUUCGUUUUUCUCUCUUCCCUUUAUCAUUGACGCAUCAACGUAAACUUUUACUUUCGUGCUUUCCUCCGGUUGCUUUACGAUUUACUCUUCUUUCCUUGUAGACGUGGCGCACGUCUUUGUGUGGCUGACUCACAUUUUUCUGACAAGUCAUCUCCAACCUCUGUCGUGCGACCUAACUUUUUUUUCCCUUUAAAUCCCUUCCUCAAAUAGCGCGGUCUUCAAGAUGAGCACCGACGACUCAAUCAGCGGCGGAGAGGAGCGCGCCUUCUUGGAAGCAGUCCCACCACCGGCGCACAACGACCCCUUUGAUGCCUCAGCCCGUCCCGCGGUGCCUCCGGCAGCGACCCGCGUGACGCGCUCGCAGGCCCUCGCGCGGCUGCGUCGCGGCGAGACGAUCAACGACGAGGCGGCCGCCGUCCCGACCCCCACCGCUGCCCCGCGCAGCGGAAGCAGCUCGUUCGACAAGGCGCACGACAGCGCCAUGGACGGUCUGAUCGACACGUCCGCAAAGAAGUCGUCGGAUGACACGUCGUCGCACGCGGCGGCAGCGGGAGGGGUAGGCAGGAACACCGCUGCCGCCGCCGGCACCGUAAACGGUAACGCGGGUGCGCCGGGUGUCGCCUCCCGCGGCAGAGAAGAAGGGCGGAUGCGCAAGUUGGGCGACGGCGACGCGGCUCCGUUUGGCGACAGCAACGUUGGCACACGUCGUCACCGCCACCAGGACGGGAGCGACGGAGAGGGCGACGAGGACGCGGACGACGAACACGGCGGCGUCUUCGGGAACACGGAGGGUGCGGAAGAGGGUGAGGCGGAAAGUGAAAAUCGAAGGGGCUCUGCGGCUACGACCCGUCCUUCGAGUGGACUGACCGGCGUAGCGCCCUCCGCCGCGCGUGACUCGACCCGGCCGCGCCGUACCCGCGACGGUCAGCGACUGGCCGCCGCGGCGCUGCCCCGCAUGCUGGCCCUGCAGCGCGCCUUCGAGACGGAGGCACCGCACCUCUACGAGUUCUGCUGCACGCAGGUGGUGGAGUGGCCGGCGCUGGCGAUCGAGUGGAUUCCCGAUCGCGCCUUCAGCGACCCAGAGCGGGACUACACGCUGCAGUACAUCGCCGUCGGGACGCAGGUGCACCCGUCAAGUGGGACGCCAAAUACGGUGAAGGUGAUGGAGGUGGCCGUGCCGGUGCCGACGAUGAAGGACGUCAUGUACGGCCUCUACGGCGACGACGACAUUCAUGGCGCGGAGGCCGACGACCCGGAGCUGCAGGAGUUCGUCGAUCCUGGCAAGCGCUUCGUGAACGUGAAGGGCCACUUCCACUGCGAGCAGACCCUCACGAUGGACGCGCCGGUGCUGAAGAUACGCGCAAUGCCGGCGGAGACGAACAUCCUCGCGGUGAAGACGGCGUCGGGCUUUGUCGGUGUCUACAACACGGUGCAGGAGCUGCAGGAGGACGCCGCCGGCCGCACCGUGCCGGAUGCCCUUCUGCGCGGACACAGCCGUGGCGGCUUUGGGCUGAGCUGGAACACGCUCAAGCCCGGCUACAUCGCCAGCGCCUCCGACGACGGCUACGUCAAUUACUACGACAUCAGCCACCGCCUGACCAUCGACUUGCAGCAGAACACCGCGAUGGACCCCGAGCUCACGGGCCCAGAGACGCAACCGAUUGAGCGCCUUGUCGGCCACCGCGAUAUCGUGACGGACUGCUCGUGGCACUCGUCGCAGAGCCACCUCUUGGCCUCCUCCAGCAUGGACGGCGAUGUGCGCAUUUGGGAUAUUCGCAUGAGCGCCGGCAGCAGCACCAUCCACUCGGCCCAUCCAAACGGUGCGACGGCCGCGCAGUUCCACCCUGUCGGCGCCUUCCAGCUGGCCACCGCCGGCGCGGAAGGCAGCGUUCAUCUCUGGGAUAUCCGCCGCACGGCGGACCCGGUCGCCGCGUUGAAUUACCACGGCAGGUCCGUGAUGGGACUGCAGUGGUCGCCGUCGAAGGAGACGGUGCUGGCGAGCUACGGCGACGACGGCCGCGUCGUUCUGUGGGACUUGGCGAAGACUUCGUUGCCCCUCGCCUACUCAGAGGACGGGGUGGCGCCGCCGGAGGUAGCAUUUGUGCACAUGGGCCACGUCGGCCGCGUGACGGACGCCUCGUGGAACAGCGUCAAGACGGAGGACUGGCUGCUGGCCUCCGCAGACACCACCAAUGGCCUUCAUGUGUACCGCCCAUCGCAGAAGGUGAUGCAGGACUACCGCAUGUUUGAGUAG